AUGAAAGGAGUAUCACCGAAUGAUGUUCAGAGCGUGAUUGCAAUUGAGCAGGCAUGCUCAACCUUAAGCUUACUGGGCUGUUGCUUUGUUCUGGCGACCUUUAGUCUCAGCGAUGCGUUCCGCCAGCGAGCUGUCAAUCGCUUGGUUUUCCUCGCGACGUUUGGCAACCUCAUGACAAAUGUGGCUACUUUGAUGACAACAAGCUACACCCAUAACCCGGACUCACCAGCGUGCCAGGUGCAAGCACUGUUGAUCCAGGUAUUCAUGCAGGGCGACGCCUAUUGGGCUCUGGCCAUGGCCAUCAACGUUUACCUGACUUUCUACCGAAAGUACGAUGCCAGGCAGCUCAGGAAAAUGGAGAUCCCUUAUUUCCUCUGCUGCUACGGGAUCCCGUUUAUCCCGGGCCUCACCUUCAUCUUUGUAUCGAACGAGCACGCGGGGAGGCCGUACGGUGAUGCAUCGUUAUGGUGCUGGCUGAAGUCCGAGUGGGAAGUUUAUCGCAUAGCCACAUUUUACGGCCCCAUCUGGGUUGCAAUCCUGAUCUCAGGGGCAAUCUAUGUCUUUGUGUGGGGGGAGGUGCGGCGCGCCCGCCAAAGAUUACUCAACUUCAGCUCUACAGGCAAUGGCACGGCCGUCGGCAGCGAGCCAUUCUCGCCAGAUAGCCAGUUUUCCACUGCCUUCAACUUCAAAAUUACCGAGGUCACUCAGACGACUGAGAUUAUCCACCCCCCCGCGCCCACGGCGAAGCCACCUGCAAGCGCCAUCUCAGCUGGUCCCAGAGCCGCCCACUCCGUCACCAUCUCCUCAGGUACGGAGGCCACCAACCAAAUCGACAUGGGCCCUUCUCUAGAGGAUGUCGAGCUUUCCAGCAAUGUGCAGGGAGCGCCAUCUAUCACAACCAAGAGCAGCAGCGGCAAGCGCAUCCGUAUCAUGCCGACGACACAAAUUUCAACGGCCCCAACCGUCACAGCAACCGUCACCACCAACCACCAUGCCGCUAACAUGAACGCAUCGUCCCGUCGGCGCAACUUUGGGUCAGAAGCCAGCUGGGCAUACUCAAAAUGUGCAAUCCUCUUUUUCUCCGUCCUCCUUAUUACCUGGAUCCCGUCGUCGGGCAACCGCGUCUACAGUUUAGUAAACCGCGGGGAGGUUUCAAGGCCACUCUUCUUUGCGUCAGCCUUUGUACUGCCUCUUCAGGGGUUUUGGAACGCUAUCAUCUACGUCUUCACGUCCUGGGCGGCCUGCAAGAGUCUGUGGGGGUACUGUGUUGCUGGCCUCGCGGGGUGGCGGGAUUGGGCUACUUUUAGGGCGUUUGGCUGGCGGAGGAGGGAAAGUGUUAUUGAAAUAUUGGAUCAACGUAAUGGGGUUGCGAGGAGAAGCUCGAGGGGAAAUAAUGCUUCUAAAGUGGGGAUCUGGGUUGGCGGAGGGAGAAAGGACACCGGUAGGGAGAGCGACGGGAGCUCCAUGGAAAACUUGACGCGAGAGGGCAGGUCAGAGAGAUUAUCGCCUGUAUGA